GCGGCGAGCGGAGCCGGCCGGAGCGGGCCGGGCAGCGGCCGCCGCCGUCCCGGAGCGCGCGCGUGCGCGCGGUCGGGCUGGUGGGCGGGAGGAUGGAGCUGAACUCCCUGCUGAUCCUGCUGGAGGCGGCCGAGUACCUGGAGCGCAGGGACCGAGAGGCCGAGCACGGCUACGCCUCGGUGCUGCCCUUCGACGGCGACUUCGCCAGGAAGAAAACAAAGGCGGCCGGCCUGGUGCGCAAGGCCCCGAACAACAGGUCUUCACACAAUGAACUAGAAAAGCACAGACGAGCCAAACUCCGGCUCUACCUGGAGCAGCUCAAGCAGCUGGUGCCUCUGGGCCCUGACAGCACCCGCCACACCACGCUGAGCCUCCUGAAGCGUGCCAAGAUGCACAUCAAGAAACUGGAGGAGCAGGACCGCCGGGCACUGAGCAUCAAGGAGCAGCUGCAGCGGGAGCACCGCUUCCUGAAGCGGCGCCUGGAGCAGCUGUCGGUGCAGAGCCUGGAGCGCGUGCGCACGGACAGCACAGGCUCCGCCGUCUCCACCGAUGACUCGGAGCAAGAAGUGGAUGUAGAGGGCAUGGAGUUUGGCACCGGCGAGCUGGACAGUGUUGGCAGCUGCAGUGACGUGGACGACCACUACAGCCUGCGUGGCGGCUGCAGCCACGGCAGCUACGGGCCCCCCUGCAGGCGGCCUGGCCGCCCCGGCCUCUCUUAGGCCCUGCCCUCUGCUCCUCGGCCCGCCUGCCCGCCCAGCCGAGCGUGUCAAUCCUCCGGUCCUUGAAGUCUCUCCACGGGCCCACUGCAGUGCCAUUCUGGAAGCUCCGGCUGCCGCCUGGGCUGCCCGCCUCCGCCUGCCUGCCGGUCAGGGCCUGCCGCGCCGCCCGCUCCUCCCACCUAGGCAGGGACCCCUACGGGGAGGCGGGGCCCAGCUCCCACGUCCUGGAGCCCAGCAUAGCCGCCCACGGUCUGUUCUCAGAUUCCUAAUCAUUCCAGAAGUAUUAAAUGUCAUUGCUGCAAAUCUCGGCGGGCGCCGUGUGAGGGGCUUAAUGACCACCACGGGGAGCUCAGACCCCAACCCCGGAUCCCAGGAGAAAGGAGUGGACCGAGGAAGGAAGGAAGGCGUGGCUCUCCGUCCAUCCGUCCAUCUAUCUGUCGGUCCACGUAGGCUCCUGAGGCGUGGACAGAGGGAUCCAUGAAGGGCGGGACUCGGGUGAGCACCCUGGGGCAGGUGGGCGGACGGGGGCCUUGGCACCCCCAGGUGUCAGGAGCCAGGGCUGGGCUUCUGGGGGCUGCCAGGCUACCCCACUCUGAUCUGGGCGGCUUCUGCUCUGUCGUUAGAUCCCUCAGAUGUACACACGCAUGCACCUAGGCACACACGCCUGCCUGCACACACGUGCACACAUGCAGACACAUGUGGUCACUGGACCCAGAGGUCCUUGGGAGCCAGAGGGCACAUGUCCUGGGGCCUUCAAGGGUCAGUUGGGCAAAUGCUGGCCCGCAGCCUGUGCCUGGCUCCUCCUUCCACACCCCGGUUCCCCUGCCCAGUCUGGCCAGGGAAGGGACCUCUCCUCCCAGCAGGGGCUGAGGAGUGCUGGGGGCUACGAGUUGAAACCAUUGGGUCCUCAGAGGGCUUGCUUGUCUCCCUUUAAAAGACAAAAACAAAACAAAAAGUUGCUGCACUGCCCAGCAGCCCAGAACGAGGCUCCCGGGAGAGAAGCUUUUCCCAAAAAAACAAGGAGAAACAUUUUUAAAAAGAGAAAGAGGCCGUGAUGCCGGUGUGUGCCGCCUAUUUCCUGUAUGAGAUUUUUCUACUCUAUUUUCCUAGCCGUUAUCGCGUCCUUGUUUGCUGAGGGGUGGGAGCAACCCAGCGUCUCAGGGACUCGUCUGUCUGUCACCGUUGUCCAAGCGUGCCUUGUGUCCCGUGUCUGGCUCCACCCGACCGCCACCACCAGCAUCUCCCACAUGGCUCACGGGAUGCCCCCAGGUGCCCUCCUGGCCUCCUCCCCAUGGGGCACCCCUCCUGGCAGCCAGGCCAGGUCAGGUCGGCGGCUGUGCAGCAGCAGGGCGGCGCUCUGUCACCUGGAGGGAGGGGCAGUGACCCGUGCAGCCUGGCCUCCUUGGGGCCGGGGGUGGGGCGGGGGUGUGGGUGCGUCUGCUACCAGAGAAAUAGGUUCCUCCCUGCACCUAGCUUGAAGCCUGCCUCCUCCCGACCAGAGCAAGGGCUCCAGGUGUCAGGCGUCAGCAGCUGCUGAGGACAGCCAUUCACCCUGGGCAGUCCAGCCUGGGCAUUAGGAGGCUUCUCCUGGCCUUUUGUCCCUGAGUCUUUGUCCCCGAGGACCACACAGCAGCGUUCAGGUGGAGGGCUGUUGGGCUGACUCACAGCAGCAUCGGCCUCCCUGUCUGGUGCAUUGCAGACGAUUUCCAGAUCGCAGGGGGAAGAUUUGUGUUUAUCUUUGUCACGCCGACGGACACCCCAGGUGGGUGGCCUGCUGAAGCAGAAAGGGAUCCCUGGAAACAACUCUGGCACAGAACCUGCCCUCCACAGGCCGGGGAUGGCGGUGGAGAGCAGGCUUGUCGGGGGGCGGUGCACGCGGCCGGGGAGACCAUCUGAACGUUUUGCUGGUGGUUGCAAGGCAAAGCGUUGUGUUGGCACCUCCUUCCAGUGCCCUCGGGGUCCCCUGGGGUCCAGCGUGCCCAGAAGGGGCUUCCGCCGUCUGCCAGAGCACGCCCACUGAGCGCUCCUUGCGAGGACCCCGCACCACCUGAGCAGGGCAGGAACACCCACGUUUAAGAGCCUUCUUCAGGAGAUACAACUCCAGGUCCCCGGGAUGGUCCGUGUUCUGAAUUCUUAAAGCAUCCGUUCUCCAGCCAGCCCCGACACAUUGGGGAGGUCCUGCUCCCCUCUCUGGCCGGCAGAAUCCACCCAGGUGACUAGCUGUGGUCCUCAGCCGACCUUCCGGGCAGCUCAGCCCAUGGCUUUUCAGGCCUCGGUUCCCAUGUGGACCGGGGAGUUCGCCUCACUGGCCAUCCAGAGGUGCUAGGGUCCCAGAUGCCACUCCUCGCCACCAGCAGACACCAGUGAGGGUCUGGUGCUAGAGCUACUCGCAUACCCACACCCCCCUUCCCCGGCCGUUGGCACAGCCCCUGCUGCUGGCCAGGGGGACCCAGAGGGUUGUUAAGAGCAAACCUGAGUGUUGUGGGGUCCGUAGAGAGCCAGCGGGACCAGAACAGGGCCCCGGGCAUCCUGUGCCCUCUCUGCGUGUGCCCUCCCAUGCCCACCUGGGCCUCGGUGGCCGAGAGCUUGGAAGCCCAGGCUCAGGUUUGGGUCCGCGCCCUCACUGUGAGGCGGCCCUCAAGCCUCAGUGCAGGCCCAGCCGGCUGGGGCGGCUGCAGGAAGGCUCCUCCCCACCCCCACCCCACCGUGGGCCCUGACUCUGCCCGGGCAGAGCGGGUCUCAGAAACACGGCGCCCAAGCUCACGUCCUCGGGCGGAUGGAGCCAUGAGCCCAAAUAUGGCCCCGAGGGCCCUCGCCCUUGUGUCUGCCCCAGACAGUCCCCACCUGCUGGGUGGGAAGGCUCCUGCACUCUCCCACUCUGUCUCUCUGGGCCAGCCCACCGGGGCCCCGCCACUGCCCUGCACAAAUGACUCUGACCACACGCAGCCACGUCUUGGGCGGUAGGGCAGGUUCUGCGCCAGAGUCUGGGGCCGCCCAGGGGGCCUGGUGCUGGCCAGGUGGGCAUGUUACAAGAGCCACGCUGGACAGAGGUGGGCCACCCACCCGCCUGUUCACUGGGAGGGACUGUGCUGUACCGUUCUGUCUUUGUAACAUAAAUACAGAUUUUUAUACCUCA